AUCUCAUCCCUGCCCGCCGCGCUCUCCUGCGCAUGCGCAGCUCUCUCCUUGGGGCCCAAGCGAGUCUGAGGUCCUGCUUACGUCACAAAGCCAAAAGCUGUGCCAAGCGUUUGAAGCGGCCCUACGUUCGGCUAAUGGACCGCGGAGGGCGGGGUUCGAACGCUGAUCUCGGCUGCGGCUGCAUUUACCGCUGCCGGGGCGGGGCGUGCAUCGCUGUCCCAGCGCCAGACUGGGCGGGUGGGGUGCGGGGAAAGCCUACCCCGCAGUCCUCCCUCAGUCCGGGGCUGGGACAGCGAUGACACCCCGCCCCGGCAGCGGUAAGGGGAGUCGCUCGGGGGCUCUCCGCCCUUGCCCCGCCAUGAGAGCCGCCCUCACGCUGCAGUCCCUGCGGGAGGUGGUGAAGAGCCUCGUGGACACGCCUGGCUUCGAUCGCGUGUAUGACAAGAUUAAACUUCUUUCUGCAAUUCCUGGGAAGGUUGUAUGUGAAAUGAAAGUUGAGGAGCAGCACACAAACAGGGCUGGCACACUGCACGGAGGCUUGGCCGCCACCCUGGUAGAUGUUGUGUCAACAGUAGCAUUGAUGAACACAGAAAGAGGAGAACCAGGAGUCAGUGUGGACAUGAACAUAACACUAGAAAGCUGUCCCCUCCCUGUGUUUCAUCGGGGAGAUGUGGUAUCAAUGGUAAACUUCUGUUCAAAAUGGGUAAAGCAGGAACUCUGCCAACUGAUGCCGUCUCUGGAGAGAUACAUAUCAGCUCCUAAGAUGGGAGAAGAGAUACUGAUUACUAGUCAGGUUAUGAAGCAAGGAAGAAGAAUUGCUUUCACCACCACAGAUUUAACGAAAAAAGCAACAGGAAAGAUAGUAGCACAAGGCAGACACACAAAGUACCUGGGACCUUAGUAUAAGGAAAUGAUCUGUAAAGAGAGAAAGCUUUGCCUUAAGAAAUCCAGUCUUCUGUUUUAAGGUAUAACUGAAGGCUAGUAGAUGGCCUAUAUUAAAUGGGUUUAGUCUCAGAUCCAGUACUAACUGACACUAAUUUUCAACUAAUUGUAGUCCUUGACUACUCUGACUGAAAGCUGGAGUUUGAUCUUGCCAUUUUUGUGUCUGAAGAGAAUAAAGCGAAUCUUUCAAACCAGAAUUCAGCCCUGCUGGCAGGGCAGCAUAGGGAAGCUAAUUUGUUGGUGUCCAUGUCUCCAAAGCUGUCAGUUAAUCACCUUUCACAUGUCAAAUUCAGUAUUAGACUGCUUUUUGUUUUGUACAACAGAAUGGUAUUUAAAGUAACAUCAUAAAGGAACAGAUCAGGCAGAGGUGAUAAUUCUGAUUUAAAUUCUGAAUCAGAAGGAAGAAUAUGUUGCAAAACGAAAAAACAAACAAACAUGCUUUACUUCUAUUUUUACCAUGACAUUCAAUGGUUAUUUUAAAAAAAGUCUAAGCCAGGUACUAUAAAUGGGAUUUUCACAUUAAUUACUGGAAAUCAGUUUAGCUUAAUGAACACAUGUAUUGCAUUCAGAUGUUUUAUUUCCUGUUACUUAUUAAAAGAAACCCUGCCAUCCUAGACUGCAUAUACCUUUGCCCCUUAGCAGUGUACAUGAUCUUAUUUGAGUACUGAAAUAAAUCAACGUUCAACCUUUAUCUUUGUUGGGCCACUUAAAGUCUGCUGCCUGUGGAAUUGAACAAUUUUAGCUUUCUAAAUAUUUGUUGGAAUUUAUUCCUUGAACAGCUUAUUUGAAAUGUUUUACAUCAAUCAAACUGUUUAGUUUAUAUGAAGAAUUCAGAGUUGUCAACUAUUGCAGCAAGCAGGUUAGAGGAAAAGCAAUAAUUGUGUCAAUUAAACAAGACUUCUAUUGAGUUCAGUCUCUCCUACUUCCUGACAUCACUUCUAUUCUAAAUACUCCCAUCUCUUUUCCACAGGCAAAAGUAACAAAGUGCAAAGGAUAGAGGUUUGCAGGGGACUGAGGAAAUGGAAAAACAAAUACAGAAAUAAUUAAGGUUUGAAGAGAAAUAGGCAGAAACUACAACUUAAACAUGCAAUAGGGACUUUGAGAUUAAAAGGCAGAAAUUGUUAUAAGGACUUAAUUAAAAUACUUUAUAUAUCAUUUCCAACUGUUGCUCUUGAUGAGACUCUACCACUACGUGCAUAUGGAAUUUUCCCACUGAAACUUAAAUCCGUGCUAAAAGUUGCUUUCUUGAAUCAAGGUCAGAGGCUUCGGGGCAAUACUGUAAUAACUGGUCACAUUCUAGCACUUAGAAUUUGUCAUGUCUAGGUAAUUGCAAUAAAAAAUGCCCAGGCAUAUUAAGAAUUGAAAAUCUGAUUAUGUAUACAAUGGUAUUUGACUGGCCCUGUUGAAAUGUGACACUGUUGCAGGUGUUCUACUAGCAGAGGGCAUGGGGAAGUUUCAAGAGGUGCCAGUGAUUUCUACUCUUCCUCCUAACAGCCUGUUCAUUGUAGUAGUACAAGUGCUGCCUUAUGCAUAAGAAAACGGGACAUUGUUAUUAACCAGGCCACUUAUUUUGGAUCAGUCCAUUAAAGAUUCAUAAAAAGUA